CUAUUCCAGUAUAUGCCAUGUCAGUUUCAAUUGUUGUCGUCAUAUUCGUUAUAGUUCUUGCUUUGUGUAAUGCGAUGACGAUGAAACAACUGAAAUCGACGGGGAAAAUGAUGAGAAAAACCUGUCAGCCCAAAAAUAAUGUUGAGGAUGAACAAGUAGACGCAAUAUCAAAAGGUGAAUUCAGAGAAGAAAAGGAAGUGAUGUGCUACAUUGCGUGUAUUAUGAAAAUGGCUAAUGCGAUUAAGAAUGGCAAAUUAAACUAUGAAUCGGCUAUGAAACAAGCAGAUUUACUACUUCCAGAAGAAAUUAAAGAACCUGCAAAAGCCGCCAUCACUGCAUGUAGGAAAGUAGCGGACUCAUACAAAGAUAUAUGUGAAGCUUCGUUCCACGUUACAAAAUGCAUCUAUAACGAAAAUCCGGAUGCAUUCUUCUUCCCUUAAUAAAGAAAAUUUUCUUA